UUUAAAAAAGCAUCAGAGACAUAGGCUGCCUCUUCUGGUUCCAUGUCAUGCUAAAACCAACAGAGAUUUAGGAAUGAGAAUAAUAUUUUUAAGAGCACGGUAUCAUAUAGAGAUAACUGGUUUUCUCAAAAUAUCCACAGCAAAAAUAUGCAUCUUUAUGUAUGCUUUUGGGCCUCUUUGGGGAAGUAGGGAGAGGAGAGGAAAAUUAUAUCAAUCAGUGCUCAUUGCUCAUGGAUUUCUUAUUUACGAAUUUGCCUAUUCACUAAAAUGUAUUUGUAAUCCUCGAAUCAAUACUCACAGCACUUUUGUCAUUUGUGGACAUGUCGCCUAACACUCUGAGCUUGGACCAAGUGACCCUCUCUGCCUCCUUGUGUCGGUUCUAACAGUGUAAAACAUCUCUCCAUUUUCUUGCUUGAUUUAGUGCUUUCUUUUUAGCAUUUCAUGCUUCUCAUUGAUGAUUUCACUUUUUAACAUUUUACCAAACUUAGUGCUCAAGUGCUGCCUGGUGUCUCCAAGUACAAGGUGGAUGUGCUUCAUGGAGUAAAUCUGCAGGUCAGAGAAGUGUUGUACAGGCAUGAGUUGCAGUAUUGUUCCAGAGCUGCCCCAGGUGUGGAGGAAUAUACUCCUAAGUGCACACUUAGCCUAUGUCAUAAAAGGCCCCCAAAAGUGAGGAUUCACUGGGUUUUGAGGAGAUCACCUGACACUUGAAGACCCUCCCUCCUGAAGAUCUACCAUUGCAGGUGUGUUCUGAGGUGCACCCUUUGUGCAAGCUCUCACAUCCUGAAGGACUGUCACAAGCAUGGCAGGCAACGUGGCGGACAGCGCCAACCACCUGCCCUUCUUUUUUGGCAACAUCACCCGAGAGGAGGCAGAAGACUACCUGGUCCAGGGGGGCAUGACCGAUGGACUCUACCUGUUACGCCAGAGUCGUAAUUACCUGGGUGGCUUUGCCCUGUCAGUGGCCCACAGCAGGAAGGCACACCACUACACCAUCGAGAGGGAGAUCAAUGGCACCUAUGCCAUCCCUGGUGGCAGGACCCACAGCAGCCCUGCUGACCUCUGCCACUACCACUCCCAGGAGUCCGACGGCCUGGUCUGCCUCCUCAUAAAGCCCUUCAACCGGCCCCCUGGGGUGCAGCCCAAGACUGGGCCAUUUGAGGACCUGAAGGAAAACCUCAUCAGGGAGUACGUGAAGCAGACGUGGAACCUGCAGGGCCAGGCUUUGGAACAAGCCAUCAUUAGCCAGAAGCCCCAGCUGGAGAAGUUGAUCGCCACCACUGCCCAUGAAACAAUGCCAUGGUUCCAUGGCAAUAUCUCUCGGGAUGAAUCAGAGCAGAUUGUCCUGAUAGGAUCAAAGACAAAUGGAAAGUUUCUGAUCAGGGCCAGAGACAACAAUGGCUCCUAUGCACUGUGCCUGCUGCACGAAGGGAAGGUGCUGCACUACCGCAUCGACAAGGACAAGACAGGGAAGCUCUCCAUCCCUGAGGGAAAGAAGUUUGACACACUCUGGCAGCUGGUGGAACAUUAUUCUUAUAAACCUGAUGGCCUGUUAAGAGUUCUUACUGUGCCAUGUCAAAAGAUUGGCUCACAGAUGGGUCAUCCGCAAAGUUCAAGUCCCUCCUCUGGGGGUUGGUCUCCAGGUGGCAUAAUCUCAAGGAUCAAAUCCUACUCCUUUGCAAGGCCUGGCCACAAAAAGACCCCCCCGUCCCAAGGGAACCGGCAAGACCGGCCAGAGAGUACUGCAUCCUUCAAUCCCUAUGAGCCAGACCGAGGACCCUGGCCUGCAGAGAGAGGCCCUCAGAGAGAAGCUCUGCCCAUGGAUACAGAGGUGUAUGAAAGCCCCUAUGCUGACCCUGAGGAAAUCAGGCCCAAAGAGGUCUACCUGGACCGAAACCUGCUGACCCUGGAGGACAAAGAACUGGGCUCUGGUAACUUUGGAACCGUGAAAAAGGGCUAUUACCAAAUGAAAAAAGUUGUGAAAACGGUGGCUGUGAAAAUACUGAAAAACGAGGCCAACGACCCCACUCUGAAAGACGAGCUGCUGGCGGAGGCGAACGUCAUGCAGCAGCUGGACAACCCCUACAUCGUGCGCAUGAUUGGGAUUUGCGACGCCGAGUCCUGGAUGCUGGUGAUGGAGAUGGCAGAACUCGGUUCUCUCAACAAGUAUUUGCAGCAGAACAGGCACAUCAAGGAUAAGAACAUCAUAGAGCUGGUUCAUCAGGUUUCCAUGGGAAUGAAAUACUUGGAGGAGUGCAAUUUCGUGCACAGAGAUCUGGCUGCAAGAAAUGUAUUGCUGGUCACUCAGCAUUAUGCCAAGAUCAGUGAUUUUGGUCUUUCCAAAGCGCUUCGUGCUGACGAAAACUACUAUAAGGCGCAGACCCACGGGAAGUGGCCGGUGAAGUGGUAUGCCCCCGAAUGCAUCAACUACUACAAAUUCUCCAGCAAGAGUGAUGUCUGGAGCUUCGGAGUGCUCAUGUGGGAAGCAUUUUCCUAUGGGCAGAAGCCGUAUCGAGGGAUGAAAGGAAGUGAGGUUACUGCCAUGCUGGAGAAGGGAGAGCGGAUGGGGUGUCCACCAGGGUGCCCAAGAGAAAUGUAUGAGCUGAUGAACCUGUGCUGGACCUAUGAGGUGGAGAACAGGCCUGGAUUUGUAGCGGUGGAGCUGCGGCUGCGCAAUUAUUACUACGACGUGGUGAACUAGCAGCUCUAGUGCAUGGCUCUGGCUACGUUGGGUCAGACAAGCAAUAAGAGGAAAUGUAUUUAGAUGAACUGGUUUUCAGUGUUUCCGUCUCCUCUGCCAGUAGAGAGAGCCAGCCUCCUGUGGAACAUGUUGGGGGGACUUGUUAAGCAAAGCUUGUCCUUGGAUUCAACCUCCACAAAAACAAGCCCAGUCCCAGGGGAAGAUGGACAUGUGGAUUAAGGGGCCCACUGGAUCUGUUUAUUUGUGUGGUUUUCAUGACAGAUCACUUUAAGAUCGCUUCCCAACUUCUUUUUAUGUUGUUCCAGUUCUCUGGGUCCUGGACUAUCCCUGCAGGCCUGGAGGCAGGAACGAGGGGUAUAGAGCAAGCAUUUGCAACACAUCCAAGGUGCAGUGAGCAGCCGACUCUUGACAUGGAGAAAGAAAAAGAGGAGGCUGUACCUAGAGCAUCCUCUGGCAGCCCAAAAACAGUGUCUAGAUGAGAAAAGUGCCAUGGGGCUUUUAAAAAAGACCAAAAAAAAAAAAAAAAAGGAA